AUGUGCGCGAUCGCCGCUGCGAAGAAGACGGCGGCGGCGCUCUGGUGCAGCACCGAGUCGGCCCCGAGUCGCGCCUCCCCGCGCAUCACCGCGGGCACGUCGCGCUGCAGCGGCACCGCGCCGACGACCGCGAGUCCGGCAAAGGCGGCGGCGCUGGUCGCCACGAGGCCGGGGUGCGCGGCGCCGGUGCUGCCCACAUACCAGGCCAGCGGGCUGCGAGGCAUCUGCCUGCAGCACCUCCGGCUGGCCGCGUUUGCCGCUCGACGACAGCACUCUCCGCCUCCGCCGCUCGCGACGGCCGCCUCCCUGGCGGCCGACUCUGUCUGCCCGGCCCCCGCCGCCACCGUGGCGAGCGUGCAGAUCGAGGUCGAGGCACUGCUCGGCGCGCCGCUCCCGUCGGCCGACCGCGGCCUGAUGGAGCUCGGCCUCGACUCGCUCGGCGCGGCGGCGCACCCCUUGCGGCAGCACCGCUGGCCAGCCGCCGACGCGGCGACGCUGAGCUUCCGCUCGCCUGCGGACGGGGUGCUGGCCGCGCUGGUCGCAGACCACCGGGUCCGCGGCCGCGUCGUCUUCCCCGCGGCCGCUCACCUCGAGAUGGCGCGCGCUGUGUGCUGCGGGAACGCGGCCGGCGGCGCCUCGUCCACGCGCGCCACGCUCCGGCAAGGCAUCUUUGUGCAGCCCUUGCCACUCGACGAGCCGCUCGGGCUGUGGGUGGGCUGCGCCGUGGUGGAGGGCGCGAUGGCGCGGGUCGAGACGCGCAGCUGGCGCGAGGCGGACCAGCGCGAGCAGGCGGGGGCGCCGCACGAGACGGCCCUGCACAUGAGCGCAGACGUCGGUGCGGCAGGACGGCAGCGCUCGCCGGCGGCGGCGCGUCUGCGGACGCGUCUGGCGGCGGCGUUGUGCCCCGCUGCUGCGUACGCGUCGCUCCGCUCCUCCGGGCUCGAGUACGGCCGCUCUUUCCGAGUGCUCGAGGCGGCGUGGGCUGGGGCGGCGGCGGCGUCAGCCCUGCUUCGCCGCCGCUGGUACCGCGAUGGCACGCUCGUGCAUCCGGCUGACCUCGACGGCGCGCUGCAGCUCUCUGCUCUCCUCACCGCGCAGCCGGCUCGCGGCGGGACAGCCUUGCCAUUCGCGGUGGAGGAGGCGGGCCUCGGCGGCCAAGCGGCGAGCUUGCUUCUGGCGGUGGCGUCCGCCUCCGGGCCCGACACCGCCGCCGUGUGGCUCUGCCAUCGCGGUGGCGCGAGCGAGGGCGCGGACAGCGCUGGCGGCGGCCUCGCUGGCGGCGGCUGCCUGGCUCGGCUGGUGGGGCUCCGCAGCCGGCAGCUCGUCGACGGCGCUGGAGCGGGCGAGGCGCAAGGGCACCUGUACCAGACGGCGUGGCGGCGGCUCAGCCUCGGCCCCUCGCCCGGCCAGCCGAGCGCCGCGCUGCUUGCGGUGCGGCCGGCGACCCGAGAUGCAGCGGCAGCGGCAUCGCCGCCUCCGGUCGGUGGCGCUGCGCGCCUGCUCGGCCAGUUCAGCGCAGGCGGGAUGCUGCACGUCGACAGCUUGGCGGCGCUCGAGGCUGGCUUGCGGCACGUGGUUGCUCUCGCGGCGGCGGCUGCGCCAGCUGGCCUGCGGCUCCUCACCCUCGGCGCCCAGCAGGCGUCGCCACGCGGCGCGAUGCGCAUCACGGACGCGGGGCUGUGGGGCCUGUCGCGUGCCGCGCGGCAAGAGUCGAUGGGCAGCAGCUUGGCGUGCACAGACUGGUCGCUCGAGUCGCACGACGGCGGCGGCACUGUGGGCGUGCUCGCGGCUCUCGAGGCGCUUGCCGCGGCAGGCGAGCUCGAGACGGCGGUGUGCACGGAUGGCCGCGACGUCCUCGCGCCUCGCCUCGCCCGCGCCUCCGACUCGACAUCGCGGCGGCCAGCCUGGCUGCGCCUCGGUGCACGCGGCGCGCUGAGCGCGCUCGUGGUCGAGCCACAGCCGCCGUUCCGCCUGCCCCCCUCGCGGGGCGAGACCGAGCUCAGCGUGCGCGCCGUCGGCCUCAACUUCAGAGACGUGCUCAACGUGCUCGGAGAGUACCCGGGCGACCCCGGGCCUCCUGGCAGCGACUGCUCCGGCGUCGCGGCGGGCGCUGGUGCCACCGGCGCUCGGCUGGGCCUGGCCACUGGCGCGCUCGCGUCGCUGGCGCGGGCUGACUCGCGGCUCGUAGUGCCCAAGCCGGCGGCACUCACCUUCGAGCAAGCCAGCAGCCUGCCCACCGCGUGGAUGACGAGCCACGUCGCCCUCUCUGACUCCACGCCGUCCGCGCGGAAGCGAUGCCUGUUGCACGCCGGCGCGGGCGGUGUGGGGCUUGCGGCGACCGUCUACGCGCGCUGGCUGCGGCUGCGGAUCAGCGUGACGGCCGGCGCGCGAGCGAAGCACCGCUUCCUACGCCAGACCGGCGCUCUCGAGCAGUGGAGCUCGCGCAGCGGCGGCGCCUUUGCGUGGGGCGGCGCCUCGCAGCUGCGCGGGGCGCGGCUGGACGUGGUGCUGAGCAGUCUGUCGCGCGACUUCACGGCCUGCUCGUGGGCACUGCUCUGCGAGUCGGGCCACUUUGAGGAGAUCGGCAAGCGCGGCGUGUGGAGUCGCGGCCGUGCGGCGGGAGCGGUGCCCCACGCACGAUUCCACGCGAUCGCCCUCGACAGCCUGGCCGAGCGCGAGGCGCCGCGGGCACGCCUCACGCUGCUCGUGCUCCGGUCGCGUGCGACCGCGCGGGUGGCCGUCGGCCUGCCACGCGUCAGCUUCUGGCUGGAGCAGGCUGUGGCGGCGGCGUUCCGCUGGCUGCAGAGCGGGCGGAGCAUCGGCAAGGUCGUCGUGCGGCUUCGCGCUCCUCCCUCGACGCCAGCAGCGCAAGCGUCGCACCUCCUGAGCGGCGGCACGGGUGCGCUCGGCCAAGCCACGGCGGGCUGGCUUGCACAGCGCGGCGCGACGCGGCUGAUAUUCGCGUCGCGCGGCGGCGGCUCGGUCAGCAGCGGCCCGGCCGGGCUGCCUUCGGGGAGCGCUGCGCUCUUUGUGCGGUGCGAUGUGGCGCAGCCCCGGGAGGUGGAGCGCGCCCUCGCGCUGGCUGCGAACCCGCCGGCGGCGCCGUUGCGGGGCGUGUGGCACGCGGCGGGCGUGCUCGCCGACGGGCUCCUGGCGCAGCAGGGCGCGAGCGGGCUGCGUCGCGUCAGCGCGAGCAAGUCGCACGGCGCAGCGCUCCUACACCGCGCCGGCUCCGCCUUGCCGCUGCAGGCGUCGGUCCUCUUCUCGUCGAUAGCGGCGCUCUUUGGCGGCGCCGGCCAGGCCAACUACAGCGCGGCGAGCAGCGGCCUCGACGCGCUCGCGCGGGGCGUGCACGCGCGUGGCCGGGCGGCCCUGAGCGUGCAGUGGGGCCCUUGGGCAUCCUCGGGCAUGGCGGCGGCCGACAACGUGCGCACGAGGCUGCAGGCGUCGGGGAUCGGGCUGCUCGGCAUCGCGGAGGGCGGCCCCGCGCUCGCUGCGGCGCUGUCGCGCGACGCGCCGCCGGUGCUGGCGGCGGUGGCUGUGCGGUGGGACCGCUUCCUGGCCGGGCGCGCGACGCCGGCCUUGCUGAGCGCGUUCGGCCGCCCAGGAGGCGCCGGGGGGAAGGCAUCGAGGCGAGCAGAGGCGGCGGGGGCGGUCGCGGCGGCAACGCGCAGCCUGAGCGUCACCGAGGUGCUUGAGCUGGUGCACCGCACGGCGGGUACCGCCAUCGAUGCGGACACGCCUCUGCUCGAGGCCGGCGUCGACUCGCUCGGCGCGGUCGAGCUGCGCAACCAGCUGCACGCCGCGGUGGGCGGCCGAGCGGCGCUGCCAAGCACGCUCGUCUUCGACUACCCGAGCGCACGGCAGCUGGCGGCGUACCUGUCGGACGGCGCCACGCCCGAGCCGGCUGCGCCGCUGCACCGCGCCCCGGCUGCGCACGAGCGAGGCCGAGUCGCCGUGCUCGUCACGGGCGCGAGCGCGGUGCUGCCCUCUGGCGCCGCGGGCGCGGAGGCGGUGUGGCGGGUCGCCAUGAGCGCGGCGGACCUGAUCUCGGAGGUGCCCGCCGAGCGGUGGCCGCUCGGCCCUCGGCCCGACUCGGCAGCCGGCGACGCGGUGUCGAGCCGCGUCCGGCACGGCGGCUUUGCGCGCGGCGUCGAGCUCUUCGACGGCGCCUUCUUCGGCGUCUCGCCCGCCGAGGCGGUGGCGAUGGACCCGCAGCAGCGGCUGCUGCUCGAGCGCGGGUACGAGGCGCUGCACGGCGCGGGCGAGCGGCGCGAGGGGCUGGCGGGCAGCCUGACGGGCGUCUUCGUCGGCAUCGCGUCGACGGACUUCGCCGCCGCGCUCGCCUCGCAGAGCGUGGGCGGCGUCUACGCGGCGACGGGAGGGGCGCACUCGGUCGCCUCGGGCCGCCUGUCCUUCGCGCUCGGGCUGCACGGCCCGUGCGCGGCGUACGACACGGCGUGCUCGUCGGCGCUGGUGGCGGGCCACGCGGCGCUCCGGUCGCUGCAGCUGGGCGAGAGCUCCGCCGCGCUGGUGUCGGCUGUCAACGUGAUGCUGUCGCCGCGGGUCGGGCUCACGUUUGCCGUGGCGGGCAUGACGUCCGUGCUCGGCCGCAGCCACACGCUCGACAGGCGCGCCGACGGGUACGCGCGGGCGGAGGCGUGCACCGCAGCGGCGCUGCGUCCGGCCGGGUCGCAGCCGGGCGGGCCGCACGAGCCGGUCGCGACGCUGAGCGGCAGCUGCGUGCGGCAAGACGGGAGGAGCGCCAGCCUGACGGCGCCGAACGGCCUGGCCCAGCAGUCGCUGAUCGGAGGCUCGCUCGAGGACGCGGGGCUGGGCGAGGGCGAGCUCGUGAGCGCCGAGCUGCACGGCACGGGCACGGCGCUGGGCGACCCGAUCGAGGUGCGCGCACUCGACGCGGCGGCGGUGGGGCCGGGCGCCGCCGCCGCCACGCUGGCGCUGUCUGGCAGCAAGGCCUGCGCCGGCCACGCCGAGCCAUCUGCGGGCCUGGUGGGGCUGCUGUCGCUGGCGGUGGCAUCGCUGCGCCACGGCGCAUCAUCGCCGAGCGCGCAGCUGCGCGUCCUCAACCCCCACCUCGCGGAGACGGUGACUGGCGGCCCUUGCGCGGCCUUGGCGGCUUGCGCCCGGGCUCCGAGGACGGGCGGCUCGUCUGCCGCCUCGUCGGGCGCGGUGAGCUCGUUCGGCUACAGCGGCACCAUCGCGCACUCGACGUUGGAGGUGCUACGUCGUUCGCAUGAGCACCGCUGGAUCGACUACCCUUCACCGCCAGCGUUCCGCCGCCACCGUUUCGGAUACCGCGUGCUGACGCUGCGCCGCCUGUCUGCGGUGCAAGUGUCAGCUCCACAGGCAGAUGCGGCGGUGCUAGCGGCGGCGGCAACGCGCAGCCUGAGCGUCGCCGAGGUGCUUGAGCUGGUGCACCGCACGGCGGGUACCGCCAUCGAUGCGGACACGCCUCUGCUCGAGGCCGGCGUCGACUCGCUCGGCGCGGUCGAGCUGCGCAACCAGCUGCACGCCGCGGUGGGCGGCCGAGCGGCGCUGCCAAGCACGCUCGUCUUCGACCACCCGAGCGCACGGCAGCUGGCGGCGUACCUGUCGGACGGCGCCACGCCCGAGCCGGCUGCGCCGCUGCACCGCGCCCCGGCUGCGCACGAGCGAGGCCGAGUCGCCGUGCUCGUCACGGGCGCGAGCGCGGUGCUGCCCUCUGGCGCCGCGGGCGCGGAGGCGGUGUGGCGGGUCGCCAUGAGCGCGGCGGACCUGAUCUCGGAGGUGCCCGCCGAGCGGUGGCCGCUCGGCCCUCGGCCCGACUCGGCAGCCGGCGACGCGGUGUCGAGCCGCGUCCGGCACGGCGGCUUUGCGCGCGGCGUCGAGCUCUUCGACGGCGCCUUCUUCGGCGUCUCGCCCGCCGAGGCGGCGGCGAUGGACCCGCAGCAGCGGCUGCUGCUCGAGCGCGGGUACGAGGCGCUGCACGGCGCGGGCGAGCGGCGCGAGGGGCUGGCGGGCAGCCUGACGGGCGUCUUCGUCGGCAUCGCGUCGACGGACUUCGCCGCCGCGCUCGCCUCGCAGAGCGUGGGCGGCGUCUACGCGGCGACGGGAGGGGCGCACUCGGUCGCCUCGGGCCGCCUGUCCUUUGCGCUCGGGCUGCACGGCCCGUGCGCGGCGUACGACACGGCGUGCUCGUCGGCGCUGGUGGCGGGCCACGCGGCGCUCCGGUCGCUGCAGCUGGGCGAGAGCUCCGCCGCGCUGGUGUCGGCUGUCAACGUGAUGCUGUCGCCGCGGGUCGGGCUCACGUUUGCCGUGGCGGGCAUGACGUCCGUGCUCGGCCGCAGCCACACGCUCGACAGGCGCGCCGACGGGUACGCGCGGGCGGAGGCGUGCACCGCGGCGGCGCUGCGUCCGGCCGGGUCGCAGCCGGGCGGGCCGCACGAGCCGGUCGCGACGCUGAGCGGCAGCUGCGUGCGGCAAGACGGGAGGAGCGCCAGCCUGACGGCGCCGAACGGCUUGGCCCAGCAGUCGCUGAUCGGAGGCUCGCUCGAGGACGCGGGGCUGGGCGAGGGCGAGCUCGUGAGCGCCGAGCUGCACGGCACGGGCACGGCGCUGGGCGACCCGAUCGAGGUGCGCGCGCUCGACGCGGCGGCGGUGGGGCCGGGCGCCGCCGCCGCCACGCUGGCGCUGUCUGGCAGCAAGGCCUGCGCCGGCCACGCCGAGCCAUCUGCGGGCCUGGUGGGGCUGCUGUCGCUGGCGGUGGCAUCGCUGCGCCACGGCGCAUCGUCGCCAAGCGCGCAGCUGCGCGUCCUCAACCCCCACCUCGCGGAGACGGUGACUGGCGGCCCUUGCGCGGCCUUGGCGGCUUGCGCCCGGGCGCCGAGGACGGGCGGCUCGUCUGCCGCCUCGUCGGGCGCGGUGAGCUCGUUCGGCUACAGCGGCACCAUCGCCCACACCGUCGUCGAGCCCGCUGCGCGACCACAGUGGCCGACGCCCGACGCGCUCCCUGCUCAAGUGCGCUACCGCAGGGCCUGGCACGGCUUGGGCCCUCGCCUUGGAAUGCAGUCGACACCUCUCGCCGCUGCUAGCGAGCAGUCUGCGCCGAACCUGGCGGCGGUGGAGUCUCUCGUGCAGUACGUCGUCGGCCACUCCAUCUCUCCCGACGCGCCGCUCGUAGAGGCUGGGCUCGACUCGCUCGGUGCAGUCCAGCUGCGAGCGGAGCUGCAGGAGGUUGUGGGAGGGGCGCCGUUGCCGGCCACGAUCGUCUUCGACUUCCCGACCACGCGAGCGCUGGCGUCGAGGAUCUCUAGCGACCGCCCAACACGCGCUUCGCUCACGGAGACUCCAUUGAGGCCCAAUUUCGGAGAGAGGAGUGAGGCCGUCGUGUGCGGCUGGGGGUGCUCCCUCCCGUGCGGCGCCACGGUGAUCUCUGCUGCGCUCCGCAUGGCCUUGCUCGGCCACGACUGCGUCGGCUGGGUGCCGGCGGAGAGAUGGUUCACAGCGGAGGACGCGUCGCUCUCGCCCGCGGUGAACCAGCGCGUCCGCCACGGCGGCUUCAUGUUUGGGGUGGAUGGCUUCGACCACACCUUUUUCGCCGUGUCGCGAGCGGAGGCAGCCGCAAUGGACCCGCAGCAGCGGCUGCUGCUCGAGACGGGCUACACUGCUCUCGCCAGCGCGGGUCUGGAGCGCUCGGCCCUGCAGAAGGGCGUCACUGGGGUCAGCGUGGGCAUCCAGGCGAUCGACUUCGCGCUGCUGGAGGCGGCGCGCGGGUCGACGUCGUCCGUGUACGCGGCGACGGGCUUCCAGCACGCGGUCGCCUCGGGCCGCAUCUCCUACGCGCUCGGGCUGCAAGGCCCGUGCGCCUCGUUUGACACCGCGUGCUCGUCUUCGCUGGUCGCGACGCACGUGUCGAAGCAGGCCCUGGAGAUGCACGAGUGUAGCGCCGCCCUGGCCGAGGGGGUGAACGUGAUGCUCUCGCCGGCAGCUAGCUGGAGCUGCGCCGUGGCGGGGAUGACUUCGCCGCGCGGCCGCUGCUUCUCGUUCGACAGCCGCGCAGACGGGUACGCACGAGCAGAGGCCUGCUGCGCCGUCUCGCUGCGGGCCAUCGAGCUCGUCCACACGUGCCGCGCGCUCUUCGAAGGCAGCGCCGUGCGGCAGGACGGACGCAGCGCCAGCCUCACGGCGCCGAACGGUCAGGCGCAGCGCACGCUGCUGGCGGUGGCGUUUGCGAGCGGCGGCUGGGGGCGUGAGGUGCACUGCAGUGUGGAGGCGCACGGGACAGGCACCCGGCUCGGCGACCCGAUCGAGGCGAAGGCUCUGUCGCAAGGGCCCACUCUUGCCAACCCGAAUGCUGCGCCGUGCUCGAUCGGGAGCUUCAAGGCCGUCAUCGGCCACACUGAGCCCGCCGCAGGGAUGGUGGGUCUGCUGGUGAAGGUCGAGGCGCUGGUGGCGAGGCUGUUCGUCCCGAACGCUCAGCUGCGCGUCGCCAACCGCCACGUCGCAGCCGUGCUGCCUGGUCGCACGUGGGCGCUGCCGACGCAGGCAGGGCCGCAGCCUCGCAGCCAGCGCGCCGCGGGCGUGAGCUCGUUCGGGUACAGCGGCACCAUCGCCCACACGCUGAUCAAGAUGCCGGCUCGCACAGCCAGCGUGGGCGGCCUGCGCGCGCCGGCCGCGUUCCGCCGCCGGCGCUUUGCCUGGGGCGAGGCGGCGCACCCCUUGCGGCAGCACCGCUGGCCAGCCGCCGACGCGGCGACGCUGAGCUUCCGCUCGCCUGCGGACGGGGUGCUGGCCGCGCUGGUCGCAGACCACCGGGUCCGCGGCCGCGUCGUCUUCCCCGCGGCCGCUCACCUCGAGAUGGCGCGCGCUGUGUGCUGCGGGGACGCGGCCGGCGGCGCCUCGUCCACGCGCGCCACGCUCCGGCAAGGCGUCUUUGUGCAGCCCUUGCCACUCGACGAGCCGCUCGGGCUGUGGGUGGGCUGCGCCGUGGCGGGCGGCGCGAUGGCGCGGGUCGAGACGCGCAGCUGGCGCGAGGCGGACCAGCGCGAGCAGGCGGGGGCGCCGCACGAGACGGCUCUGCACAUGAGCGCAGACGUCGGUGCGGCAGGACGGCAGCGCUCGCCGGCGGCGGCGCGUCUGCGGACGCGUCUGGCGGCGGCGUUGUGCCCCGCUGCUGCGUACGCGUCGCUCCGCUCCUCCGGGCUCGAGUACGGCCGCUCUUUCCGAGUGCUCGAGGCGGCGUGGGCUGGGGCGGCGGCGGCGUCAGCCCUGCUUCACCGCCGCUGGUUCGGCGAAGGCACGCUCGUGCAUCCGGCUGACCUCGACGGCGCGCUGCAGCUCUCUGCUCUCCUCACCGCGCAGCCGGCUCGCGGCGGGACAGCCUUGCCAUUCGCGGUGGAGGAGGCGGGCCUCGGCGGCCAAGCGGCGAGCUUGCUUCUGGCGGUGGCGUCCGCCUCCGGGCCCGACACCGCCGCCGUGUGGCUCUGCCAUCGCGGUGGCGCGAGCGAGGGCGCGGACAGCGCUGGCGGCGGCCUCGCUGGCGGCGGCUGCCUGGCUCGGCUGGUGGGGCUCCGCAGCCGGCAGCUCGUCGACGGCGCUGGAGCGGGCGAGGCGCAAGGGCACCUGUACCAGACGGCGUGGCGGCGGCUCAGCCUCGGCCCCUCGCCCGGCCAGCCGAGCGCCGCGCUGCUUGCGGUGCGGCCGGCGACCCGAGAUGCAGCGGCAGCGGCAUCGCCGCCUCCGGUCGGUGGCGCUGCGCGCCUGCUCGGCCAGUUCAGCGCGGGCGGGACGCUGCACGUCGACAGCUUGGCGGCGCUCGAGGCUGGCUUGCGGCACGUGGUCGCUCUCGCGGCGGCGGCUGCGCCAGCUGGCCUGCGGCUCCUCACCCUCGGCGCCCAGCAGGCGUCGCCACGCGGCGCGAUGCGCAUCACGGACGCGGGGCUGUGGGGCCUGUCGCGUGCCGCGCGGCAAGAGUCGAUGGGCAGCAGCUUGGCGUGCACAGACUGGUCGCUCGAGUCGCACGACGGCGGCGGCACUGUGGGCGUGCUCGCGGCUCUCGAGGCGCUUGCCACGGCAGGCGAGCUCGAGACGGCGGUGUGCACGGAUGGCCGCGACGUCCUCGCGCCUCGCCUCGCCCGCGCAUCGGUCGUGCCGCCACACCUGUCAGCGUCAGCACCGUCGUCGCACCUUCUGAGCGGCGGCACGGGUGCGCUCGGCCAAGCCACGGCGGGCUGGCUUGCGCAGCGCGGCGCGACGCGGCUGAUAUUCGCGUCGCGCGGCGGCGGCUCGGUCAGCAGCGGCCCGGCCGGGCUGCCUUCAGGGAGCGCUGCGCUCUUUGUGCGGUGCGAUGUGGCGCAGCCCCGGGAGGUGGAGCGCGCCCUCGCGCUGGCUGCGAACCCGCCGGCGGCGCCGUUGCGGGGCGUGUGGCACGCGGCGGGCGUGCUCGCCGACGGGCUCCUGGCGCAGCAGGGCGCGAGCGGGUUGCGUCGCGUCAGCGCGAGCAAGUCGCACGGCGCAGCGCUCCUACACCGCGCCGGCUCCGCCUUGCCGCUGCAGGCGUCGGUCCUCUUCUCGUCGAUAGCGGCGCUCUUUGGCGGCGCCGGCCAGGCCAACUACAGCGCGGCGAGCAGCGGCCUCGACGCGCUCGCGCGGGGCGUGCACGCGCGUGGCCGGGCGGCCCUGAGCGUGCAGUGGGGCCCUUGGGCAUCCUCGGGCAUGGCGGCCGCCGACAACGUGCGCACGAGGCUGCAGGCGUCGGGGAUCGGGCUGCUCGGCAUCGCGGAGGGCGGCCCCGCGCUCGCUGCGGCGCUGUCGCGCGACGCGCCGCCGGUGCUGGCGGCGGUGGCUGUGCGGUGGGACCGCUUCCUGGCCGGGCGCGCGACGCCGGCCUUGCUGAGCGCGUUCGGCCGCCCAGGAGGCGCCGGGGGGAAGGCAUCGAGGCGAGCAGAGGCGACGGGGGCGGUCGCGGCGGCGACGCGCAGCGUGAGCGUCGCCGAGGUGCUUGAGCUGGUGCACCGCACGGCCGGCGCCACCGCCGACGCGGACACGCCUCUGCUCGAGGCCGGCGUCGACUCGCUCGGCGCGGUCGAGCUGCGCAACCAGCUGCACGCCGCGGUGGGCGGCCGAGCGGCGCUGCCAAGCACGCUCGUCUUCGACCACCCGAGCGCACGGCAGCUGGCGGCGUACCUGUCGGACGGCGCCACGCCCGAGCCGGCUGCGCCGCUGCACCGCGCCCCGGCUGCGCACGAGCGAGGCCGAGUCGCCGUGCUCGUCACGGGCGCGAGCGCGGUGCUGCCCUCUGGCGCCGCGGGCGCGGAGGCGGUGUGGCGGGUCGCCAUGAGCGCGGCGGACCUGAUCUCGGAGGUGCCCGCCGAGCGGUGGCCGCUCGGCCCUCGGCCCGACUCGGCAGCCGGCGACGCGGUGUCGAGCCGCGUCCGGCACGGCGGCUUUGCGCGCGGCGUCGAGCUCUUCGACGGCGCCUUCUUCGGCGUCUCGCCCGCCGAGGCGGUGGCGAUGGACCCGCAGCAGCGGCUGCUGCUCGAGCGCGGGUACGAGGCGCUGCACGGCGCGGGCGAGCGGCGCGAGGGGCUGGCGGGCAGCCUGACGGGCGUCUUCGUCGGCAUCGCGUCGACGGACUUCGCCGCCGCGCUCGCCUCGCAGAGCGUGGGCGGCGUCUACGCGGCGACGGGAGGGGCGCACUCGGUCGCCUCGGGCCGCCUGUCUUUCGCGCUCGGGCUGCACGGCCCGUGCGCGGCGUACGACACGGCGUGCUCGUCGGCGCUGGUGGCGGGCCACGCGGCGCUCCGGUCGCUGCAGCUGGGCGAGAGCUCCGCCGCGCUGGUGUCGGCUGUCAACGUGAUGCUGUCGCCGCGGGUCGGGCUCACGUUUGCCGUGGCGGGCAUGACGUCCGUGCUCGGCCGCAGCCACACGCUCGACAGGCGCGCCGACGGGUACGCGCGGGCGGAGGCGUGCACCGCGGCGGCGCUGCGUCCGGCCGGGUCGCAGCCGGGCGGGCCGCACGAGCCGGUCGCGACGCUGAGCGGCAGCUGCGUGCGGCAAGACGGGAGGAGCGCCAGCCUGACGGCGCCGAACGGCCUGGCCCAGCAGUCGCUGAUCGGAGGCUCGCUCGAGGACGCGGGGCUGGGCGAGGGCGAGCUCGUGAGCGCCGAGCUGCACGGCACGGGCACGGCGCUGGGCGACCCGAUCGAGGUGCGCGCGCUCGACGCGGCGGCGGUGGGGCCGGGCGCCGCCGCCGCCACGCUGGCGCUGUCUGGCAGCAAGGCCUGCGCCGGCCACGCCGAGCCAUCUGCGGGCCUGGUGGGGCUGCUGUCGCUGGCGGUGGCAUCGCUGCGCCACGGCGCAUCGUCGCCAAGCGCGCAGCUGCGCGUCCUCAACCCCCACCUCGCGGAGACGGUGACUGGCGGCCCUUGCGCGGCCUUGGCGGCUUGCGCCCGGGCGCCGAGGACGGGCGGCUCGUCUGCCGCCUCGUCGGGCGCGGUGAGCUCGUUUGGCUACAGCGGCACCAUCGCCCACACGCUACUCCAGACCAUCGCCCAUACGGCCAGCGUGGGCGGCCUGCGCGCGCCGGCCGCGUUCCGCCGCCGGCGCUUUGCCUGGGGCGAGGCGGCGCACCCCUUGCGGCAGCACCGCUGGCCAGCCGCCGACGCGGCGACGCUGAGCUUCCGCUCGCCUGCGGACGGGGUGCUGGCCGCGCUGGUCGCAGACCACCGGGUCCGCGGCCGCGUCGUCUUCCCCGCGGCCGCUCACCUCGAGAUGGCGCGCGCUGUGUGCUGCGGGGACGCGGCCGGCGGCGCCUCGUCCACGCGCGCCACGCUCCGGCAAGGCAUCUUUGUGCAGCCCUUGCCACUCGACGAGCCGCUCGGGCUGUGGGUGGGCUGCGCCGUGGUGGAGGGCGCGAUGGCGCGGGUCGAGACGCGCAGCUGGCGCGAGGCGGACCAGCGCGAGCAGGCGGGGGCGCCGCACGAGACGGCCCUGCACAUGAGCGCAGACGUCGGUGCGGCAGGACGGCAGCGCUCGCCGGCGGCGGCGCGUCUGCGGACGCGUCUGGCGGCGGCGUUGUGCCCCGCUGCUGCGUACGCGUCGCUCCGCUCCUCCGGGCUCGAGUACGGCCGCUCUUUCCGAGUGCUCGAGGCGGCGUGGGCUGGGGCGGCGGCGGCGUCAGCCCUGCUUCGCCGCCGCUGGUACCGCGAUGGCACGCUCGUGCAUCCGGCUGACCUCGACGGCGCGCUGCAGCUCUCUGCUCUCCUCACCGCGCAGCCGGCUCGCGGCGGGACAGCCUUGCCAUUCGCGGUGGAGGAGGCGGGCCUCGGCGGCCAAGCGGCGAGCUUGCUUCUGGCGGUGGCGUCCGCCUCCGGGCCCGACACCGCCGCCGUGUGGCUCUGCCAUCGCGGUGGCGCGAGCGAGGGCGCGGACAGCGCUGGCGGCGGCCUCGCUGGCGGCGGCUGCCUGGCUCGGCUGGUGGGGCUCCGCAGCCGGCAGCUCGUCGACGGCGCUGGAGCGGGCGAGGCGCAAGGGCACCUCUACCAGACGGCGUGGCGGCGGCUCAGCCUCGGCCCCUCGCCCGGCCAGCCGAGCGCCGCGCUGCUCGCGGUGCGGCCGGCGACCCGAGAUGCAGCGGCAGCGGCAUCGCCGCCUCCGGUCGGUGGCGCUGCGCGCCUGCUCGGCCAGUUCAGCGCGGGCGGGACGCUGCACGUCGACAGCUUGGCGGCGCUCGAGGCUGGCUUGCGGCACGUGGUCGCUCUCGCGGCGGCGGCUGCGCCAGCUGGCCUGCGGCUCCUCACCCUCGGCGCCCAGCAGGCGUCGCCACGCGGCGCGAUGCGCAUCACGGACGCGGGGCUGUGGGGCCUGUCGCGUGCCGCGCGGCAAGAGUCGAUGGGCAGCAGCUUGGCGUGCACAGACUGGUCGCUCGAGUCGCACGACGGCGGCGGCACUGUGGGCGUGCUCGCGGCUCUCGAGGCGCUUGCCACGGCAGGCGAGCUCGAGACGGCGGUGUGCACGGAUGGCCGCGACGUCCUCGCGCCUCGCCUCGCCCGCGCAUCGGUCGUGCCGCCACACCUGUCAGCGUCAGCACCGUCGUCGCACCUUCUGAGCGGCGGCACGGGUGCGCUCGGCCAAGCCACGGCGGGCUGGCUUGCGCAGCGCGGCGCGACGCGGCUGAUCUUUGCGUCGCGCGGCGGCGGCUCGGUCAGCAGCGGCCCGGCCGGGCUGCCUUCAGGGAGCGCUGCGCUCUUUGUGCGGUGCGAUGUGGCGCAGCCCCGGGAGGUGGAGCGCGCCCUCGCGCUGGCUGCGAACCCGCCGGCGGCGCCGUUGCGGGGCGUGUGGCACGCGGCGGGCGUGCUCGCCGACGGGCUCCUGGCGCAGCAGGGCGCGAGCGGGCUGCGUCGCGUCAGCGCGAGCAAGUCGCACGGCGCGGCGCUCCUACACCGCGCCGGCUCCGCCUUGCCGCUGCAGGCGUCGGUCCUCUUCUCGUCGAUAGCGGCGCUCUUUGGCGGCGCCGGCCAGGCCAACUACAGCGCGGCGAGCAGCGGCCUCGACGCGCUCGCGCGGGGCGUGCACGCGCGUGGCCGGGCGGCCCUGAGCGUGCAGUGGGGCCCUUGGGCAUCCUCGGGCAUGGCGGCGGCCGACAACGUGCGCACGAGGCUGCAGGCGUCGGGGAUCGGGCUGCUCGGCAUCGCGGAGGGCGGCCCCGCGCUCGCUGCGGCGCUGUCGCGCGACGCGCCGCCGGUGCUGGCGGCGGUGGCUGUGCGGUGGGACCGCUUCCUGGCCGGGCGCGCGACGCCGGCCUUGCUGAGCGCGUUCGGCCGCCCAGGAGGCGCCGGGGGGAAGGCAUCGAGGCGAGCAGAGGCGACGGGGGCGGUCGCGGCGGCGACGCGCAGCCUGAGCGUCGCCGAGGUGCUUGAGCUGGUGCACCGCACGGCCGGCGCCACCGCCGACGCGGACACGCCUCUGCUCGAGGCCGGCGUCGACUCGCUCGGCGCGGUCGAGCUGCGCAACCAGCUGCACGCCGCGGUGGGCGGCCGAGCGGCGCUGCCAAGCACGCUCGUCUUCGACCACCCGAGCGCACGGCAGCUGGCGGCGUACCUGUCGGACGGCGCCACGCCCGAGCCGGCUGCGCCGCUGCACCGCGCCCCGGCUGCGCACGAGCGAGGCCGAGUCGCCGUGCUCGUCACGGGCGCGAGCGCGGUGCUGCCCUCUGGCGCCGCGGGCGCGGAGGCGGUGUGGCGGGUCGCCAUGAGCGCGGCGGACCUGAUCUCGGAGGUGCCCGCCGAGCGGUGGCCGCUCGGCCCUCGGCCCGACUCGGCAGCCGGCGACGCGGUGUCGAGCCGCGUCCGGCACGGCGGCUUUGCGCGCGGCGUCGAGCUCUUCGACGGCGCCUUCUUCGGCGUCUCGCCCGCCGAGGCGGCGGCGAUGGACCCGCAGCAGCGGCUGCUGCUCGAGCGCGGGUACGAGGCGCUGCACGGCGCGGGCGAGCGGCGCGAGGGGCUGGCGGGCAGCCUGACGGGCGUCUUCGUCGGCAUCGCGUCGACGGACUUCGCCGCCGCGCUCGCCUCGCAGAGCGUGGGCGGCGUCUACGCGGCGACGGGAGGGGCGCACUCGGUCGCCUCGGGCCGCCUGUCCUUCGCGCUCGGGCUGCACGGCCCGUGCGCGGCGUACGACACGGCGUGCUCGUCGGCGCUGGUGGCGGGCCACGCGGCGCUCCGGUCGCUGCAGCUGGGCGAGAGCUCCGCCGCGCUGGUGUCGGCUGUCAACGUGAUGCUGUCGCCGCGGGUCGGGCUCACGUUUGCCGUGGCGGGCAUGACGUCCGUGCUCGGCCGCAGCCACACGCUCGACAGGCGCGCCGACGGGUACGCGCGGGCGGAGGCGUGCACCGCGGCGGCGCUGCGUCCGGCCGGGUCGCAGCCGGGCGGGCUGCACGAGCCGGUCGCGACGCUGAGCGGCAGCUGCGUGCGGCAAGACGGGAGGAGCGCCAGCCUGACGGCGCCGAACGGCCUGGCCCAGCAGUCGCUGAUCGGAGGCUCGCUCGAGGACGCGGGGCUGGGCGAGGGCGAGCUCGUGAGCGCCGAGCUGCACGGCACGGGCACGGCGCUGGGCGACCCGAUCGAGGUGCGCGCGCUCGACGCGGCGGUGGUGGGGCCGGGCGCCGCCGCCGCCACGCUGGCGCUGUCUGGCAGCAAGGCCUGCGCCGGCCACGCCGAGCCAUCUGCGGGCCUGGUGGGGCUGCUGUCGCUGGCGGUGGCAUCGCUGCGCCACGGCGCAUCGUCGCCAAGCGCGCAGCUGCGCGUCCUCAACCCCCACCUCGCGGAGACGGUGACUGGCGGCCCUUGCGCGGCCUUGGCGGCUUGCGCCCGGGCGCCGAGGACGGGCGGCUCGUCUGCCGCCUCGUCGGGCGCGGUGAGCUCGUUCGGCUACAGCGGCACCAUCGCCCACACGCUGAUCAAGAUGCCGGCUCGCACAGCCAGCGUGGGCGGCCUGCGCGCGCCGGCCGCGUUCCGCCGCCGGCGCUUUGCCUGGGGCGAGGCGGCGCACCCCUUGCGGCAGCACCGCUGGCCAGCCGCCGACGCGGCGACGCUGAGCUUCCGCUCGCCUGCGGACGGGGUGCUGGCCGCGCUGGUCGCAGACCACCGGGUCCGCGGCCGCGUCGUCUUCCCCGCGGCCGCUCACCUCGAGAUGGCGCGCGCUGUGUGCUGCGGGGACGCGGCCGGCGGCGCCUCGUCCACGCGCGCCACGCUCCGGCAAGGCGUCUUUGUGCAGCCCUUGCCACUCGACGAGCCGCUCGGGCUGUGGGUGGGCUGCGCCGUGGCGGGCGGCGCGAUGGCGCGGGUCGAGACGCGCAGCUGGCGCGAGGCGGACCAGCGCGAGCAGGCGGGGGCGCCGCACGAGACGGCCCUGCACAUGAGCGCAGACGUCGGUGCGGCAGGACGGCAGCGCUCGCCGGCGGCGGCGCGUCUGCGGACGCGUCUGGCGGCGGCGUUGUGCCCCGCUGCUGCGUACGCGUCGCUCCGCUCCUCCGGGCUCGAGUACGGCCGCUCUUUCCGAGUGCUCGAGGCGGCGUGGGCUGGGGCGGCGGCGGCGUCAGCCCUGCUUCGCCGCCGCUGGUACCGCGAUGGCACGCUCGUGCAUCCGGCUGACCUCGACGGCGCGCUGCAGCUCUCUGCUCUCCUCACCGCGCAGCCGGCUCGCGGCGGGACAGCCUUGCCAUUCGCGGUGGAGGAGGCGGGCCUCGGCGGCCAAGCGGCGAGCUUGCUUCUGGCGGUGGCGUCCGCCUCCGGGCCCGACACCGCCGCCGUGUGGCUCUGCCAUCGCGGUGGCGCGAGCGAGGGCGCGGACAGCGCUGGCGGCGGCCUCGCUGGCGGCGGCUGCCUGGCUCGGCUGGUGGGGCUCCGCAGCCGGCAGCUCGUCGACGGCGCUGGAGCGGGCGAGGCGCAAGGGCACCUGUACCAGACGGCGUGGCGGCGGCUCAGCCUCGGCCCCUCGCCCGGCCAGCCGAGCGCCGCGCUGCUUGCGGUGCGGCCGGCGACCCGAGAUGCAGCGGCAGCGGCAUCGCCGCCUCCGGUCGGUGGCGCUUCCGGCCUGCUCGGCCAGUUCAGCGCGGGCGGGACGCUGCACGUCGACAGCUUGGCGGCGCUCGAGGCUGGCUUGCGGCACGUGGUCGCUCUCGCGGCGGCGGCUGCGCCAGCUGGCCUGCGGCUCCUCACCCUCGGCGCCCAGCAGGCGUCGCCACGCGGCGCGAUGCGCAUCACGGACGCGGGGCUGUGGGGCCUGUCGCGUGCCGCGCGGCAAGAGUCGAUGGGCAGCAGCUUGGCGUGCACAGACUGGUCGCUCGAGUCGCAGGACGGCGGCGGCACUGUGGGCGUGCUCGCGGCUCUCGAGGCGCUCGCCACGGCAGGCGAGCUCGAGACGGCGGUGUGCACGGAUGGCCGCGACGUCCUCGCGCCUCGCCUCGCCCGCGCCUCCGACUCGACAUCGCGGCGGCCAGCCUGGCUGCGCCUCGGUGCACGCGGCGCGCUGAGCGCGCUCGUGGUCGAGCCACAGCCGCCGUUCCGCCUGCCCCCCUCGCGGGGCGAGACCGAGCUCAGCGUGCGCGCCGUCGGCCUCAACUUCAGAGACGUGCUCAACGUGCUCGGAGAGUACCCGGGCGACCCCGGGCCUCCUGGCAGCGACUGCUCCGGCGUCGCGGCGGGCGCUGGUGCCACCGGCGCUCGGCUGGGCCUGGCCAUUGGCGCGCUCGCGUCGCUGGCGCGGGCUGACUCGCGGCUCGUAGUGCCCAAGCCGGCGGCACUCACCUUCGAGCAAGCCAGCAGCCUGCCCACCGCGUGGAUGACGAGCCACGUCGCCCUCUCUGACUCCACGCCGUCCGCGCGGAAGCGAUGCCUGUUGCACGCCGGCGCGGGCGGUGUGGGGCUUGCGGCGACCGUCUACGCGCGCUGGCUGCGGCUGCGGAUCAGCGUGACGGCCGGCGCGCGAGCGAAGCACCGCUUCCUACGCCAGACCGGCGCUCUCGAGCAGUGGAGCUCGCGCAGCGGCGGCGCCUUUGCGUGGGGCGGCGCCUCGCAGCUGCGCGGGGCGCGGCUGGACGUGGUGCUGAGCAGUCUGUCGCGCGACUUCACGGCCUGCUCGUGGGCACUGCUCUGCGAGUCGGGCCACUUUGAGGAGAUCGGCAAGCGCGGCGUGUGGAGUCGCGGCCGUGCGGCGGGAGCGGUGCCCCACGCACGAUUCCACGCGAUCGCCCUCGACAGCCUGGCCGAGCGCGAGGCGCCGCGGGCACGCCUCACGCUGCUCGUGCUCCGGUCGCGUGCGACCGCGCGGGUGGCCGUCGGCCUGCCACGCGUCAGCUUCUGGCUGGAGCAGGCUGUGGCGGCGGCGUUCCGCUGGCUGCAGAGCGGGCGGAGCAUCGGCAAGGUCGUCGUGCGGCUUCGCGCUCCUCCCUCGACGCCAGCAGCGCAAGCGUCGCACCUUCUGAGCGGCGGCACGGGUGCGCUCGGCCAAGCCACGGCGGGCUGGCUUGCGCAGCGCGGCGCGACGCGGCUGAUCUUUGCGUCGCGCGGCGGCGGCUCGGUCAGCAGCGGCCCGGCCGGGCUGCCUUCGGGGAGCGCUGCGCUCUUUGUGCGGUGCGAUGUGGCGCAGCCCCGGGAGGUGGAGCGCGCCCUCUCGCUGGCUGCGGACCCGCCGGCGGCGCCGUUGCGGGGCGUGUGGCACGCGGCGGGCGUGCUCGCCGACGGGCUCCUGGCGCAGCAGGGCGCGAGCGGGCUGCGUCGCGUCAGCGCGAGCAAGUCGCACGGCGCAGCGCUCCUACACCGCGCCGGCUCCGCCUUGCCGCUGCAGGCGUCGGUCCUCUUCUCGUCGAUAGCGGCGCUCUUUGGCGGCGCCGGCCAGGCCAACUACAGCGCGGCGAGCAGCGGCCUCGACGCGCUCGCGCGGGGCGUGCACGCGCGUGGCCGGGCGGCCCUGAGCGUGCAGUGGGGCCCUUGGGCAUCCUCGGGCAUGGCGGCCGCCGACAACGUGCGCACGAGGCUGCAGGCGUCGGGGAUCGGGCUGCUCGGCAUCGCGGAGGGCGGCCCCGCGCUCGCUGCGGCGCUGUCGCGCGACGCGCCGCCGGUGCUGGCGGCGGUGGCUGUGCGGUGGGACCGCUUCCUGGCCGGGCGCGCGACGCCGGCCUUGCUGAGCGCGUUCGGCCGCCCAGGAGGCGCCGGGGGGAAGGCAUCGAGGCGAGCAGAGGCGGCGGGGGCGGUCGCGGCGGCGACGCGCAGCCUGAGCGUCGCCGAGGUGCUUGAGCUGGUGCACCGCACGGCCGGCGCCACCGCCGGCGCGGACACGCCUCUGCUCGAGGCCGGCGUCGACUCGCUCGGCGCGGCGCCGCGAGCGAGCAGCAGCGCCUCGGCCGGCGUCUCGCAUCUGAGCAUCUACUACGAGGUGCAGGGGCCGCUCAACCCGCUGCUGCUGCAGGCCGCGCUCGACGACGUCGUGCUCCGCUCGCCGGCCCUCCGCACCACCCUGCCCGACCGCGGGCUGCGCGGCGUCGCGCACAGCCACCUCGUCGUGCCACUGCAAGUGGUGCGCUGCAUCGGCUCGAGCGAGAAGCUCGCGCGGGCGCUGUCGCCAGACAACCUCCACCGGCGGCUGAACUUCGAGCGCGGCCCGCUCUUGCGCGUGCUCGCGUGCGUCAAGGCGCCGGACCACUGGCUGCUGGCGCUGGUGGCACACCAUGCGAUCCUCGACCUCUACUCCACGCACCAAGUCACGCAGCAGCUGCUGGCCGCGUACACGCACUCGCUGCGCGCCGCGUGCCCCGCGCUGCCGCGCCCAGUCUUCACGCUCGAGAGGGAGGUGGAGGCGACUGGCGUGGCGCGCCCCAUCGCGGUCGACCUCUCGCGCCUGCUGGCGGCGGCGCCGCAGCUCCCGCCCAUCGACCGGAGCGGCGGGAGGAGGGACGCCUGCUGCCGGCCGUGGACGCUCGGGGGCGCUCGGGAGUGGGCGGCGGCGAUGGAGCGGGGCCGCGCGCUCGGGGGGAACGCGUUUCAGGUGGCUGCGGCGCUGCUAGCCGCGGCCUGCGUGAGCGGCGAGCCCCGCCCGAUCAGCCUGUGCUGGACGCAGCGCGAGAUCAUGGACCGGCGCAUGUGCAACGGCUCCUCGCUGCGCGUCUUCUCCUUUUCGGCGGAGGAGGCGAGGGGCGGCUUCGUCCCGCUGCUGCGCGCCGUGCAGCGGCAGAUGCGCUCGCCCGCGCCGGCCCUGCAGCUGCUCACAAGCCGGCCCGCCCCCACCGAGGCGGUGGUUGUCAUCUCGCAGCUGCUGCAGCCGGCCGAGCCGAGCCUUCGCGGCGUCGCACGGCAGAGCGCCCUCUCCGCGCGGCCCGCUCUGUCGCUGGACGAGCUGCCGCUGCCCCUGCUCAUGCCCAAGGGCAUCGACAUCUACUUCAUGCUCGACGACGGCCAGGGGCACGACCACCGGCCGCCGUCGGGCUCCGUCUUGCAUCACAAGGGCGUCGCCGUCGGGCUAGUGGAGCGCCUCGUCGCGGGGCUGGCAAGGGGUGUGGGCGGUGCGUGA